UAUUUGAAGAAUGUUCAUGUCUUAUCCUCAUUCAGUCUCAUGCAGUGACGUAGACAUGUAUAAACCCCAGUACCGUAUUAGUGGGUUAGUUGAGGUCCCAUAUUUAUAGAACCUUCUUAACUAUUUUUAAUUAGGCCGUAUAUCUAGCGAUAUUCAAGAUUGAAAAAUUAGUCUAUUCCGUUUCAUCAAAAGUAUUGAGAAACAAACAGUCAUACAUAUUAGACACUCUUUACUAUGGCUCUUUGAACAUUACAUUACGUUAUAAAUAAAGAAAAAGGUACUAAUCAAGUGGUACUACUUUGUUACAGCAAAACAGGUGCUUGAUUUGGAAAGACGCUUGUAGGACUGAAGAGCAAGAUGGAAGAUAAAAAUAUUAAAACCGACGUUUGCAUGAUUGACGAAGCUAUGCAUAAGAUAGACACUCUACCAAAUGACGUUGGAAGACAAGUGCAGAUUUGCAAAAAGACGGUUGCUGAUGAAAUUGGGAAAUAUAUAGAAAAAACCGAUGCAAACUUCAAAUCAUUUACGAAAGAAGCGGCUGGUAUCGCGGAAGAGGCAGUCAAAUGUCUCAAAGCCACUUCUUUAGUAUGCAUUGGAAAAGUCAGCCUUGCGGUUGGUGCUGCAGCUUUCAAAAUGCCCAACGGAAUUGCCAAACAGGCUUCCGAUACCCUUUCAUUGCUGAAUGCGUUCCAAGAGCGAGCUGUGGUAUGUUUUACUAAGGCAGUUGACAGAACUGCCAAGAAGGCUCAUGGAUACUUAAAUGUAGUUGAACAGUGUAUGAGGGAUAAAAAAAUAUUAAUGUAACCAGAUGGUACGUCAUUGUUACAAUUAUAUAAUUUAUCUAGAUCGUUGUUUAA